CACCGAUCGCAGCGGACGCAGGGCAAGAUCGCAGCGCUGCCCUCUCGCCUGGCACGGGAUCUGAUUUGGCUUCUGUGUUUCUUGCACGCCCUCCUCCCGCCCGGUCUUGGCUCGCCCGCGAUGCCUUUCCACGCCGCCUCAAACGCCCCCGCGACGAGCCCUCCGCUGCCGCCCGUGCGCCACGCCCUUUCGAUCAAACUGCCCGAGCGCUCCUUCUCGCACUCCACCUCCACCGACGCAUACACCCCCCUCACGCCCACCAACGAGAACGGCCACAUCGGCAUCACACGCAGGCGCCACUCCGUCUCCUCGCCAAAGUCCCGCGCCGCAUCGCUAGACCACCAGCCACGGCUCGCACCGAAAAACAGCACCGCCUCGGACUGGAGGAUGAACGGCUGGACAAAGCACGGUGAACCUUCGUCCUCCCCCGCGCCCGACGUGAGCGAGCACGAGACCACCCCGGUCGCCCAUCCGAUCGACCUCACGCCGCCGCUUCUCCCUGCCGCUUCCAGUCUCCACCCGCUUCCCCGAGACCCAAACAACAUCCUUCCUCUCUCCGUCGCGUCCUCGCCGUUCGUCACGCCCUCCGUCUCGCGCGCGCCGUCCCCUCGUCCUGCGCCCAGAGUGGACAGCAGCGCCGAACAGAUCACAGUCUCUACUGGCAUCGUUCCCGCGUCUUCGUCUGCGCCCGGCUCGAGCUCCAGUCCGAGGACUUCAAUCUCGACGUCCUCGUCCCGUGUUUGGCCGGCAGGCCGAUCGGCCAGCAGGAGCUCAGCCGAAGACGAUGAUACAGGUCCCUAUGGCUCAGCGGCCGGACCGUCGUACCAUCCCCGUUCAUGGUUUUCUCGCGCAGCAGGGUCCAUAUCCCCAAAGAUAAAUGCGCCUACAGCACCCCGCAUCAUGCGACUCAGCUCGGGGAGGUUGACUGGGACGAGACGGUGGGGAUGGAUCUUUGAAUGGCUUGGGGUGCAGUCUAAGCCUGAACUGCCGAAACGAGGAGGGCUGAGCAAGAGGAGCGAUCGAGAGAGGGAGAGAUUGAUGGGUCAAGGGGUAAGGCGAAGAGGAGAUGUAAAGAUCCUUGGGUCAAAAUGGCUAGCCAGGGUUAUAGCCUUUAUACCCACAGAACCGUGGAGCAUUAGCCUCUUCCUUAUCUUCUUUGCAGUCUUUGCAAUCACACUAACGUUUACCAUAAAGCACAUCCUCAACCCAGAUAAAGAAGCAUUACCAUGGCGUCAAUACUGCACGACCACCUACCCAUCUCUCUAUUCUCUGCAAUACCCCUCCGACCAGCCUCAUACCAAACUCACCCUCUCACCUCUCUCUCCUGAUCACCCCGCAUGGCCUUACAAACCCCAUACAUCUCCGCUAUGGACAGCGGACAUGCCGCAAGCGGAUCUUGAUGCGGCGCUCGAACCUGUAGGCGUACUCCUCGGUGUCUUUACCACAGAUGCCGGUCUCGAGCGUCGGCAUAUGAUACGGCAAAGCUAUGCGAGUCAUUGGCGAAGUCGUCGAAAGGGGACGGAAGGAGUGAGAAUCAAAUUCGUGAUGGGAAGACCUAGGAAACGUUAUGAGAAGGCUGUCCAGCUCGAAAUGGAAGCAUUCAAUGACAUUCUGCUACUGGACAUUGAUGAAAAUAUGAACAAUGGCAAAACGCACGCGUUUUUCUCUUGGGCUGCCGAAAAUGCAUCUGUACCGGACUGGGAAUAUCCAUCCCAUCCCCGAUCCGACUCUGACUAUGCCAAUUCUGGCACGGCAAUCGAAGCUGCGCAAGGAGGAAAUUUGCACGCCCCUGUUUGGCGAGGUGAAAAGAAGCCGCAAUAUGUUGUAAAAGCAGAUGAGGAUUCGUUCAUUAUGCUUGGAGAGCUGGAGAGAAGGCUAAGGGUAGUGCCGAGGAUGAAAACCUACUGGGGCUAUCUGGUGAAAAACAAAUUCAUGGCGGGUGAAUGCUAUGCUCUGUCUUUUGAUUUGGUCGAGUACAUUGCUGCCUCCCCAGCGCUCAAAACUCUCACCAAAGGCAAGGAAGAUAAGCUUGUUGCCAAGUGGAUAGGGAUGCAUCCCCAAAAGGAGGAGAUUGUCUGGUCGACGGACAGAUGUUGGAUAUAUGACCACCCCAAAGCUGGUACCGUUUACUCACACGGUUUUCUGUAUCCUUCCACAGUCGAACAAGUCCGCGUAGAAAAUCAAACUGGACUUUCACCUUUGACUCUUGCCCAGCGCGGCGGGCCAGGAGCGGCCGACGCUUAUUCCACCGUCUCCAAAUUCGGAACCGCCUACCGACCGCUUUCCACCGACAUGUCUGCGGCCGAGCAAGUAGAAGCUCUUGUCGAAGGCUCUCCUCUCUCCAGAUUAAAUGAAGAUGAGCUAUCCUCAUCGAGUCGCAAAGUCCAGCAAGCAUUUUCUCCCACAGAGUCUCUUCGUCAAAAGAUCGAUCGACUAUACUCCUCAAGGCCGACUAGGAUAGAGAGAUUCUUGGGCGAUGAAGAGGAACGAGGAGGAACGGUGGUGGUACAUUAUAUAAAAAAGGCAGAAUGGUUUGUGGAGACCAUGAUAGCCAUGCUGGGCACGGCCGAAGAGCAGAGAGUCUGGCAUCGUGGUGUAGGGAGUGGGCUGGGCGCUUUGGAGAGGCGAAAAGGGCGAGUGCCUGUAUCAGGAAAUGGACAGGAAGGAUUCGAUGCCGGAAACAGGGUCAGACUUAAAAAGGAAGACGGCCUGUAGAUACGUUGUAGAUUAUAUGACUCGAGUUUAAGAGUCGAGAUUUGCUGUCGAAGAUCACCAAUGUUAUUCGACCCACGCACGCACGCUUCGUGCUGUAAAAUAUCAUAAAUCUAUAUCAUCAUAUCAUAGGGAUUUUGCAUAUUGCUUUGCACAGCAGUUAUUUCAUUACCGGGCAAGACGCCGUCCACUCUGUCCAAUCACAGCUCUUAAGGGAGGUCAAGACAGCUUUGGUAAAUAGCCCCCACUCGAAAAUGACUAUAUCAUACGGCCUUUGCUCCCAUCCUUUUGUUCAGGUUCAAGCUGAUCAUCGCAGUCGGUGUAUAACCGGUAGUAGUUAGUAUAGCUUUCGAUGGCAUUGAUGGAUUAUAGGCCAACUACUAUACAGGAGCUGUUUAUGAGCAAUG